CUCGGCCACAGCUAGGAUUGACUCCGCAAUUCGACCUUGGACCACAGCCACGGCAAAAAAAGAAACAUCGGCUUUCAAUACCUAGGUAGCUGUAAAUAAGUUGGGUAGUUAGCUAGACCGUCAAUAACCAGAUGUUCCUCGCUUUCCAAUUUUCCCAGAAUACCUAACGGUUACUCGCCAUAUAAUAUAGUAUCAGGAGAAGAAUCCAAGAUUUCCGUUAACUACAUACAAUACACUCAACUAUCUAUCCAACAAACCAGUUUCCUUGCCUUUUGUAUUAUUCUUUAAUAAAUACAAAUGGCAUCCGCCCUCCUCGGAUCCACUGCGCCCUACGCAGAGCCGUUCUGGCACUCUCGCGACACCUCCCCAUACUACAAUGAGUCUCACAGGAAUCUCCGCCUAUUCGUCCGCGACUACGUUGAGAACCAUUUAAGGCCCUAUGCAGACGAGUAUGAAAAGCAAGGCUUUAUUCCGCCAGAGGCGCUUAAACUCUACGUAGAAAAGGGGUUCACGAUCAUCAAGCCUACCAAGAGGGAGUAUAUGGGUGGGCUGUCCCUGCCCGCUGGCAUUGAGCCGGAGGAGUGGGAUAUAUUUCAUAACCUCGUGGUGGCGGAUGAGUUGAAUAGAGUUGGCUAUACCGGCGUACUUUGGGGUCUUUUUGGCGGAAAUAAUAUUGGGUGCCCUCCAAUUCUGGAUUUCGGAAACGAGGCACAAAAGCUCGAGUAUUUGCCCAAAAUUUCUCGCGGAGAGAUACGGUUCUGCUUGGGCAUUACUGAGCCGGAUGCGGGAUCCGACGUCGCUAACAUUAGAACCACAGCCAUACGGAGGGGGAACAAGUACAUCGUCAACGGAGCCAAAAAAUGGAUCACCAACGGGAUAUGGGCCGAUUAUUGCACGGCUGCGGUCAGGACAGGCGGAGAGGGGCGCAGGGGCAUUUCUCUCCUGAUCAUCCCGUUAGCAGCCAAGGGCGUGACGAGGAGAAUAAUGGAGAACUCCGGCGUUAACGCCAGUGGCUCGACCUUCAUUGAAUUCGACGACGUGGAAGUCCCAGUGGAAAACCUCAUCGGGACUGAAAAUGAUGGAUUCAGGUAUAUCAUGUCGAACUUCAAUCCCGAACGUCUCGGUCUAGCCAUCUCCUGCAUCCGCCUCUCGCGUGUCUGCGUCGAGGAUGCCUACAACUACGCCACAAACCGCGAGACAUUCGGCCAGCCAUUAAUCACGAACCAAAUAAUCCGCGCAAAAUUCAGCAAAUUAGGCCGCCUUAUCGAGCCCUGCCAGGCCUUCCUGGAGCAACUGGCGUACACCAUCCACGUGGCCACCAAGAACGGCCAGGAGGUUAAUGUCGGUGGCAUGACUGCACUGCUCAAAGUGAUGUCCACGCGCUGCCUGGAGAAAGUGUGUCGCGAGGCGCAGCAAGUCCUGGGCGGCGCGGGGUAUAAUAAGAGCGGGCGGGGGGCACGAAUCGAGCAGAUUAGUCGUGAUGUUAGGGUUUAUGUGGUCGGGGGCGGGAGUGAGGAGAUUCUGAGCGAUUUGGCGGUUAGGGAGGAAAUAAAAAGUUUGUAUCAUGCGCAGCGCACGGCGAAGAAGGAAGGGGCGAAGAUCUGAUUGGAGGAGAUGUGGGGGAUGGUGAUGGUGUGGUUGUAGCUCAAGGAAAUUCGGUCAUUGUCUAAAUCGCUUGGGAAUGGUACAGAAAAACGCCUGUAAAUCGAGCUAGUAUAUACACAACAUAUGAUAAGGUAGAAAUAUGGUAGUAUAGUAUAGGAUAAGACAUGCAAAGCUCCGUUCAAAAUACCGAACGCCAAAUAGGAAAAGCCAUUGUGGACCUGUUACCUCUGGCCCAGAGAGCAUAACAGUCACAGUUAUCGUAUCAGUCAAAAGAACUUCAA